ACCCCGGAGGGGUCACCCCGCCCCUUCGCGCUCAGCCCCGCUGAGGUGAAACCUGAGCCCAGGUCGGGGGCGGGACCUGCCCGCGCCUCUCCCCUGGUUCCCGCACCCUGGCGGGCGGCUGCGAGCGCAGGGCCCAGCCCGGGAGCCGCUGGAGCAGGGCCUGCGAUGGAGCCUGCAGCCCCGGGUCGCGCCCCUCCCUGAGCGCCCCCGUCGGCGGCCAUGCUGCCCCGAGGGCGCCCCCGGGCGCUGGGGGCCGCCGCGCUGUUGCUGCUGCUGCUGCUGCUCGGAUUCCUCCUGUUCGGUGGGGACCUGGGGUGUGAGCGCCGCGAGCCUGGCGGGAGAGAGGGGGCCCCGGGAUGCUUCCCCGGCCCGCUCAUGCCACGUGUCCCCCCAGACGGGAGGCCGCGGAGAGCCGCCGCCCUCGACGGAGACCCGGGGGCCGGCCCCGGGGACCACAACCGCUCCGACUGCGGCCCGCAGCCGCCGCCGCCGCCCAAGUGCGAGGUACAGCCAGGUGUCCGUGGAGGAGGGUCAGGAGUGGGGAAGGGACAAAGCCCGGGACAGGCUGCUGGUCUCAGAGCUUCAGCUUCCUCAUCUGUGACGCGGGGACAGUGUCCUCUUCCUCCCUUAGAAGGGCAGUUGAAAAAUCCACUGCACCUCCACUUGGUGACUGAUGCCGUGGCCAGAAACAUCCUGGAGACGCUCUUCCACACAUGGAUGGUGCCUGCUGUCCGUGUCAGCUUUUAUCAUGCCGACCAGCUCAAGCCCCAGGUCUCCUGGAUCCCCAACAAGCACUACUCCGGCCUCUAUGGGCUAAUGAAGCUGGUGCUGCCCAGUGCUUUGCCCGCUGAGCUGGCCCGCGUCAUUGUCCUGGACACGGAUGUCACCUUCGCCUCUGACAUCUUGGAGCUCUGGGCACUCUUUGCUCACUUUUCUGACACGCAGGCGAUCGGUCUUGUGGAGAACCAGAGUGACUGGUACCUGGGCAACCUCUGGAAGAACCACAGGCCCUGGCCUGCCUUGGGCCGGGGAUUUAACACAGGUGUGAUCCUGCUGCGGCUGGACCGGCUCCGGCAGGCUGACUGGGAGCAGAUGUGGAAGCUGACGGCCAGGCGGGAGCUCCUUAGCCUGCCUGCCACCUCACUGGCUGACCAGGACAUCUUCAACGCUGUGAUCAAGGAGCACCCGGGGCUAGUGCAGCGUCUGCCUUGUGUCUGGAAUGUGCAGCUGUCAGAUCACACACUGGCCGAGCGCUGCUACUCUGAGGCAUCUGACCUCAAGGUGAUCCACUGGAACUCACCAAAGAAGCUUCGGGUGAAGAACAAGCACGUGGAAUUCUUCCGCAAUUUCUACCUGACCUUCCUGGAGUACGAUGGGAACCUGCUGCGGAGAGAGCUCUUUGUGUGCCCCAGCCAGCCCCCACCUGGUGCUGAGCAGUUGCAGCAGGCCCUGGCACAACUGGACGAGGAAGACCCCUGCUUUGAGUUCCGGCAGCAGCAGCUCACUGUGCACCGUGUGCACGUCACUUUCCUGCCCCAUGAACCGCCACCCCCCCGGCCUCACGAUGUCACCCUUGUGGCCCAGCUGUCCAUGGACCGGCUGCAGAUGUUGGAAGCCCUGUGCAGGCACUGGCCUGGCCCCAUGAGCCUGGCCUUGUACCUGACAGACGCAGAAGCUCAGCAGUUCCUGCAUUUCGUCGAGGCCUCACCAGUGCUUGCUGCCCGGCAGGACGUGGCCUACCAUGUGGUGUACCGUGAGGGGCCCCUAUACCCUGUCAACCAGCUUCGCAACGUGGCCUUGGCCCAGGCCCUCACGCCUUACGUCUUCCUCAGUGACAUUGACUUCCUGCCUGCCUAUUCUCUCUACGACUACCUCAGGGCCUCCAUUGAGCAGCUGGGGCUGGGCAGCCGGCGCAAGGCAGCACUGGUGGUGCCGGCAUUCGAGACCCUGCGCUACCGCUUCAGCUUCCCACAUUCCAAGGUGGAGCUGCUGGCCUUGCUAGAUGCGGGCACUCUCUACACCUUCAGGUACCACGAGUGGCCCCGGGGCCACGCACCCACAGACUAUGCCCGCUGGCGGGAGGCUCAGGCCCCGUACCGUGUGCAAUGGGCGGCCGACUAUGAACCCUACGUGGUGGUGCCACGAGACUGUCCCCGCUAUGAUCCUCGCUUUGUGGGCUUCGGCUGGAACAAAGUGGCCCACAUUGUGGAGCUGGAUGCCCAGGAAUAUGAGCUCCUGGUGCUGCCCGAGGCCUUCACCAUCCAUCUGCCCCACGCUCCAAGCCUGGACAUCUCCCGCUUCCGCUCCAGCCCCACCUACCGUGACUGCCUCCAGGCCCUCAAGGACGAAUUCCACCAGGACUUGUCCCGCCACCAUGGGGCUGCUGCCCUCAAAUACCUCCCGGCCCUGCAGCAGCCCCAGAGCCCUGCCCGAGGCUGAGGCUGGGCCGGCGCUGCCCCUCAUCUUAGCAUUGGGCAGACACCAGGGCAACCUGCCCUCCGCCAUCCCUGCUAUUUAAAUUAUUUAAGGUCUCUGGGAAGGGCUGGGGCAGAGCGUCUGUGGGGUGGGAUCUUCCCCUUGCUGCUAUUGUAUGGCUGGGGACUGGUCUCUCUCUGCCCCGCCAGUUUGGGGCUGGUUCCCCCAUCUUGAAUUGUUUAUCCCUUUUUCAUAAUUAAAGUUUUAAAACAUC